AUGCCUUCUCUCGUCCAACUGCUCGGGCUGCUCAUCUUUGGCGUGUUCCGCGCCGACAGCGAAGAGGUCCAUUGCUGGGAGGGAUUCGCCUCUUGCCUCGGGAAAGGCAACAAAACUUUCUGCGUCAAUCCAGAAUCCCUUGCUGACUAUUCGUACCAGAAGUGCGCCUUCAAAGAUUGCCAAGACGACACCGCGCCAAUCAUGAUCCACGAGAAGACGACCUGCAUCCCCAUGGAACGGCUCGAUCAAGGCGGGAUGCUGCCGGGAGACUGGAAAUUUACUGUAUGCCCGAAAGGCCACAUGAACUGUGGCGUACACGAGCCGAUCUGCGUCGAGGCGUUCAGCCCACUCUCGCGCACCGCCCCGCUGCACACCUACAACGACCGGACCGCGGAGUGCACCGUCGAAGGCUGCCCUCCUGGUCACCAUCCCUGCAAACAUUCCGCCAAGGGCCUGAAGCAGAUUUGCAUCCCGUAUUGGCACAUACAGUCCGUUGGCGAGGACAAUCAAUGCCGCCUGGUCGAUCCGAACAAGAUUCCACACCUGAAACCGACCGAAGACUGCGCGGGCCGAAAGGAUACAGUAGCCUGCUGGGCCGGCGAUGACUACGCGUGCCUCCCCUUCGAACGCUUGGCUUCGAUCAGCCUCGACAACGACAACAAGACCAUCUGCCAAUUUGCACAAUGCCCGAACGAUGGUGAGAUUCCAUGCGCGGCCGAGUGCCACAAGAUUGAAGACGUCCAGGGAGUGAAGCCGGAUGGGGAGUGUGAAUACCGCUCCAUGCGCCGCGGUACCAUCAUCAUGAUCGUCUCCUGCUCGAUUAUCGGAACCAUCACGGUGAUCGGUUUGGUGGCCCUCAUCGUCCGCGCCUACCUGACCCGAAACCAGAAGACGAAGACAGGCGACAAAACUGGCUCCAUCGCUUCGGCCAAGCUCGAGCCAGGAGCCGAAGAUGAGAAGCAGCCCUUCAUGCCCUCCAAGAACGAGAAGGCAAACAACAUCAAGCCCCAAGUC